AUGUGGGUUGGAUGGAAAUCAGAAAGAGAAAAGCGAAGAUUUAAACUUCUUGAUUCAUUGCUUCCUUCCUUCCUUCUUUCCUUCGUCCUUCCUUCUUUCUUUCUUUCUUUCUUUCUUUCUUUCUUUCUUUCUUUCGUUCCUUCCUUUCUUCUUUCGUUCCUUCGUUUUUAUUUUUCCUUUCUUUCUUUCUUUCUUUCUUUCUUUCUUUCUUUCUUUCUUUCUUCCCACCCUUCUUUCUUUCCUUCUUUCUUUCCAUCCUUCUUUCUUUCCAUCCUUCUUUCUUUCUUUCUUUCUUUCUUUCUUUCUUCCGUCAAUCUUUCUUUCUUUCUUUCUUUCUUUCUUUCUUUCUUUCUUUCUUUCUUUCGUCAAUCUUUCUUUCUUUCUUUCUUUCUUUCUUUCUUUCUUUCUUUCUUUCUUUCUUUCUUUCGUCAAUCUUUCUUUCUUUCUUUCUUUCUUUCUUUCUUUCUUUCUUUUCAUCCUUCUCUCCUUCCUUCUUUCCUUCCUUACUGUCAUCUUUCUUUCUUUUCUUCCUUCCUUCCUUGCUUCACUCCAUCCUUCUUUCUUUCCUUCCUUCCUUCUUUCUUUCCUUCCUUCACUCCAUCCUUCUUUCUUUUUUUCCUUCUUUCUUUCUUUCCUUCCUUCUUUCUUUCUUUCUUUCUUUCUUUCAUUCCUUCCUUCGUUCCCUCUUUCCUUCCUUCCUUGCUUCUUUCUUUUCAUCCUUCUUUCUUCUUUCUUUCUUUCUUUCUUUCUUCCGUCAAUCUUUCUUUCUUUCUUUCUUUCUUUCUUUCCUUUCAUCCUUCUCUCCUUCCUUCUUUCCUUCCUUACUGUCAUCUUUCUUUCUUUUCUUCCUUCCUUCCUUCCUUCACUCCAUCCUUCUUUCUUUUUUUCCUUCUUUCUUUCUUUUCUUCCUUCUUUCUUUCUUUCUUUCUUUCAUUCCUUCCUUCGUUCCCUCUUUCCUUCCUUCCUUGCUUCUUUCUUUUCAUCCUUCUUUCUUCUUUCUUUCUUUCUUUCUUUCUUUCUUCCGUCAAUCUUUCUUUCUUUCUUUCUUUCUUUCUUUCCUUUCAUCCUUCUCUCCUUCCUUCUUUCCUUCCUUACUGUCAUCUUUCUUUCUUUUCUUCCUUCCUUCCUUCCUUCCUUCCUUCCUUCCUUCCUUCUUUCUUUCUUUCCUUCCUUCUUUCUUUCCUUCCUUCACUCCAUCCUUCUUUCUUUUUUUCCUUCUUUCUUUCUUUCCUUCCUUCUUUCUUUCUUUCUUUCAUUCAUUCCUUCCUUCGUUCCCUCUUUCCUUCCUUCCUUGCUUCUUUCUUUUCAUCCUUCUUUCUUCUUUCUUUCUUUCUUUCUUUCUUUCUUUCUUCCGUCAAUCUUUCUUUCUUUCUUUCUUUCUUUCUUUCCAUUCAUCCUUCUCUCCUUCCUUCUUUCCUUCCUUACUGUCAUCUUUCUUUCUUUUCUUCCUUCCUUCCUUCCUUCCUUCCUUCCUUCCUUCUUUCUUUCCUUCCUUCUUUCUUUCCUUCCUUCACUCCAUCCUUCUUUCUUUUUUUCCUUCUUUCUUUCUUUCUUUCCUUCCUUCUUUCUUUCUUUCUUUCUUUCAUUCCUUCCUUCGUUCCCUCUUUCUUUCCUUCAUUGCUUCUUUCUUUUCAUCCUUCUUUCUUCUUUCUUUCUUUCUUUCUUUCUUUCUUUCUUCCGUCAAUCUUUCUUUCUUUCCUUCUUUCCUUCCUUCCUUCCUUUCAUCCUUCUCUCCUUCCUUCUUUCCUUCCUUACUUUCAUCUUUCUUUCUUUCCUUCCUUCCUUGCUUCACUCCAUCCUUCUUUCUUUCCUUCCUUCCUUCUUUCUUUCCUUCCUUCCUUCUUUCUUUUCUUUCUUUCUUUCCAUCUUUAUUUUUCUUCAUUCCUUCCUUUUUUCUCAGUUUUGCUUUCUCCCCCUCAGUUAACUAUUUUUUGCCCUCAAUUUAAUCUCAUUUCUACUCGGCCCCUCUGCCCUCUCUCUGUCUCUCUAUCUCUCUCUGUCUCUGUCUCUGUCUUUCUCUCUAUCUCUUUCUCUUUCUCAUUUUUUAUCCAUACUUUAUCUUUAUUUCCCAGGAUCUCUGAGAAUUCUUGCUCUCGCAGCUUUUCUUCUUCUUCUUCUUCUUCUUCUUCUUCUUCUUCUUCUUCUUCUUCUUCUUCUUCUUUCAAGACCCCUAAAUCAUUUCUUUAUUGCACCCGUUAUUUUGUGCUUAGGGCGAGAAUGGAGAAAUUGAACCACGUGUCAGAAUGA